UCUUUGAGCUGAUGGAGAACGGGUGUAUCAUGGAUGUGGACGAGAGAAGAGUCGGCCAAGCGCUGGCGCCCGAAGUGGCGCGCAAAUUCUUUGUGGAUCUGUUGCUGGGCAUCGAAUACUGUACGUGCACAUGA